CGGUGCAUCAGUGUGACUGGCAGGUGAGUCAGGGAGACCUUUGGACCCGGAAGGAAAGGCUGAAAUUAGAGACUCCGUUUACAGCCGCUGUCUUUUCCACGUUCAAAUAAAGACGCACGUCAUUUGAAUUGACAUCAGUUGCUGUGUUGAGUGCGUCUGAGAGCGAUGGAGCACAAAGACCUGCAGCAUGAGCUGGAGGAUCAGCUCAGCCAUGUGGUUUCCAGACUGCAGUCCUUCCAGUCGGACUGGGACAUCAUUUCUUUUGCAGUCUUCUUCAUCUUCAUUGGCAUGGUUCUACUGCUGGUCAUCCUGGUCCUCAUCCGCUGCUGCUGCUGCUGCUGUGGUGACGAGAAGCCUCGCAGACGGAAGGUGGGCAUAGAGAACAUGGCUCUGGAGCCCUGACAGCUGAGCUGCACUGCAGUGACGUGAAGGUUGAUGAAGCUAGAAGCAGAGCCUUCAGUUGGACUUUGUGCCAAAGCUUUGUUUGGAUGUCAGCAGAUUUAGUCCACUGACACACAGAAUGAAUUGUUGUUCACGAGUCCUUUGCUCGUGAAAGUCUAUCACGUGAUCAUUUUUAUUGUUACUGCUGUGUGUUGCUAGGAUACCACAGACGAAUCAUGAAUGUCACUUCCUCCUAUUUAGUUAGUUGAAGGUUUUACUUGGUAAUCGUCAUAUGAAAGUAAUAAAAACUUUGCUCCAUUUAA